UGGUGAUGUGUCUCUCAGGGUUAGGGCUCUACAUGCCCAGUUUCCCCAACUCAUUGCCGUACCCCACACUCUGUAGGCCCAUAAUUAUUUUCCAGGACGGUUCAGCCCUGCGGAGCAGAACGACAUCUUGGACGCGCCGCGCUUUACUCGUUGAAGGACGAAAAUUAGCAUCACAAUCACGAUUCGAUGCGAUACACACAGCACGCAACCGCACUCACCACCAUCACGAAAACCCGAGCUGCAACUUUGUGUAAGUAUUUUGCGAGCUCAGUAGUGGCCAGCACCAUAGGUAGUCGCGACUUCCUUCCCUCACAAUGAGGCUCACGGCCGAGCUCAUCAACCACUCCCUCUCCUACCUCAACCCGCUGAAGGAGCGGGAGCUCGACCUUCGAGGACACAGAAUUCCAGCGAUUGAGAACUUGGGUGUGGCGGGGGCGCAAGACUCCAUAGACCUCACCGACAAUGACAUACAGCUGCUGGGCAACUUCCCGCUGUCGCCGCGCCUCCAGACGCUGCUGCUCGCCCACAACCGCAUCUCGGCCAUCCAGCAGAGCCUGCCCGCCGCCAUCCCCCGCCUGCGCAAUCUAGUGCUCACCUCCAACAACCUCAGCGAGCUGUCGGACCUGGAAAUCUUGGGCCAGUUCCCGCUUCUGACACACCUCUCGCUGCUGGGCAACCCGGUCACCAAGAAAGAGAACUACCGAUACUGGGUCCUGUGGCAUUGCGCCAAUGUGCGCUUCCUGGACUUCCAAAAAGUGAAGCUGGUGGAGCGCCAGAAGGCAAAGGAGCUGUUCGGGUCGCACGAGACGCCAACGGAACUGGCUUCGACCAUAAUGGGGGCGAAGUCGAACACGUUUGACAUCCACGCGGCCAACGGCGCCGGCGCGCCGUCGUCCAAGAUGUCGCGCCUCAUCACCACGGACAAGGAGAACAAGAAGCUAAAGCAGAUGAUCAAGAACGCCUCCAGCAUGGACGAGAUCCUCAGGCUCGAGAAGGCCCUUAACGAAGGCCGACUUCCGCCGGGUCUCGUGCUCGACGACGACGAAGAGGAGGAGGAGGAAGAUGACGAGGACGACGCCGAGGAUGAAAAGAUGCAAGAGUGAAGCCCUCUCUCUAGUCUCGUCUAUUUGAACCAAAAGUUCGGUCUUAGGGGAAGCGCCGGAAAAAGGGAAAUCAAGGCGUCGGUGUCUUUUUGUCUAUGUAAAAUAGGCGGCUCCCACGCUUCAGAGAGUCAUAGCAUGGGUAUUACGAGGGCCGGUAGGUCAGCACCGCUGACUGUUUACACCAAUUGGUGGCGCAUGGGAUACCAUGUAGUUAAGGCUCUAAAAAGCCACAAAAAAGAGAAAAAAACUCAAGAACAUGGAAACCAUGCGUCCAUGAUGAUGUUAGGCAAACGCUGGGACCGGGGAUGGAUGGAUGACGGGUUAAUCAUAUUACGCCAGCAGGACUAGAUGAGGCGUCCCGCUGGAAAAGCUCAAACUCAAGAAAAUCAAGAUAUCAAUUCCCCGC